GGAGAUAGUGUCGUCAGGCCACUCAAGUCCACAAUUGAGUUGAGUCUGCAAUGAUUCCACGAUGUUUCUCACGUAGUUUAUACGAAAUAUACGAAAUCAACAAACAGCCGUUCCAUUCCCCUCCAAAAUGUCGUCAAGUUCCAAACAAGUUGACCGGUUCUGUCAUCAGUAUCUCCAGCUCCAGUCUGACUUGGACUAUCCGGAAGCUUCACUGUUGAAGACUUCUCAAGUUCAAGAUGCGUUUUAUGAGAGGCUAUUCGCCGAUGGAGCCGUGAGAUAUGGCCCUCCUCCGCGGUUUCAGCUUCGCGUUCUCAAAGAACUCAUGUCUAGAAUUGAAGCUAGUAUAGAUGAUUGGGAAGAGUAUGGCGUAUCUGACGACUUGAUGUCUGCGCUUUCACUCUUUCUCGCAAACCCAUUGCCUUCAGAAGCUACUUCUGCUCAGCAAAAGUCCUAUGUCACAUACCAUCUCUCUGAGUUAUGCAAAAACAACUCAGAGCCCAGCCCCCGGGCGCCUCACAUCACCCUUCUUGAGAACCACUCUCUCAUCUCAGGCUCGGGGACCACUGGUCUUCGCACAUGGGAAGCUGCCCUUCAUUUGGGGUCAUACCUUUGCCAGAACAGACACAUUGUCAAGGGAAGGCGAGUCUUGGAACUGGGAGCUGGUACAGGAUACCUUUCUAUCCUUUGCGCCACCUUUCUCGAUUCUCAACAUGUGAUCGCAUCAGAUGGCUCUGACGAUGUGAUCAACAACCUUCCCGAUAACCUUUUCCUCAAUGACCUUCAGGAUUCCACUCAGGUAACUCCAAUGGACGUCAAAUGGGGGCACGCUCUCAUGGGCACCGAAGAGGAGAAGUGGAAUGGUGGACGUCCUAUUGAUGUCGUGCUAGGCGCCGAUAUUACUUACGACAAGAGCGUGAUAAGAGCCCUAAUCGGAACUCUGCGUGAGGUAUUUGACCUUCAUCCACAUGUGGAGGUUUUUAUCUCAGCGACACAACGCAACGAGAAGACGUUUCAAGCGUUUCUGGAUCAGUGCCAGGCUAACGGACUCGCCGUCGAGGUGAUACAAUUCCCAAUCCCAAAGCGGGAGGUUCAACAGGGUCCUUUUUACAACGACAAUGUCGCUAUCCACAUCUGCAAAGUUUCCAGAACAUAACCGAGCCUUUGGAUUCCAGAAAGACACUAUACUCAAUUCAUAUCAAUAGAGGGCGGCAGUUAGGAUAGCGCAGCCUGUCAAAGGGAUGGCUCCUCUGCAUUCCAGUCGUGAAGUCGGCGUCAACCGGCGACAUUCGGAUGUCUCACCAUGAAUUAUCUAUACAGAAUGCAGCAUCGUGAUAACUCGGGACCUCCGAAAAGCACAAAAGUUGAACGACUCAACUGCCAAACUAUUGUUACAGAAACCACAUCACAGUUACACUUGCUUGUGAAGCGUUGUGCCACUCGACUGAUAAUCGACUCACGAUAAGCGCUGUGGCCAUGCAGUUCGUGGUUAGGUACCGCUCGGCUGGCUGUAUUUGUCAUGGGAUUUUUUUGACGUAUCAGAGACUUGAAGACUCGGAUGCAACGGGCAAGGCAAUUGCAUGAUAUCGAUAUGUCACUUGAGCUCGGGUAUGGGGAAAGUCACACCACUGCGUGUCAACCAUGAUGAUACCUCUGAACUCUGCUCAAAGCAUGGGCCCACGAUUAGCUGACCCCGCAGAACCUCUUUAACAAACUUCUGUUUCUCUUGAAGAAAUGGCCAAUUGCACAGAUUGAAGAUAUGGCAAACUCCCCAACAACUUUGUUGCCUCCCAGGUACAGACCUGCACUACAGGUUGGCCCAGACUUUCGAGGCCAUUGCCAUUGGACACUCAAUUAUCCAUAGGACGCCAGCGUCAGCCUCCGAGACCCCUGAAGGCAAUUGGGUUUGAGUUGCGGGGAAAGGCGAAAAGGGUUGGCUCCAGAGGAGGGCACAAUCUAGAAGUUGACAAGCUAGCGAUCUUGGCUGAUGAUUGGCUUUGCCCCGCGCUCAAUAGCGAUAGGUGCUUAUUAUCCUGUUGGUAGUUGGAAUCCCGUCAGGUUGGUCAGAUGCCCUGGGGUGUAGCUCUCUUGCCCGGCCAAGAACGUGGCGCCCUUGGGGAUGGACGGACAAAGAGCCACGGGAUCAGUGGCCUCAACUUGAAGAUGAUCUGGGUGUAGGAGGUUCAGGAGAGUGACGGUGGAGGCCGCGGACUGGAAUGUACGCUCAGGCACGACACUAUUGUUCAGGUUGUCGAUGGUCCCUCAUUGCACUCGCCUUCUUAGCGGGGGAGUAGCGCUGAGAAGACUCUGUGAAAGUUGGCAGUGUCUCCGAAUAGAUUGAAGCUUUCGAUGGUACAAACUUUGCACUGUGCUCUAUCAAUUAGUGAUCAACCUCUUGAAGCCGCCUGUUGAAGGAGGUGUUGAAGAUGACGAUGGAGGAGAUGAGUUGUCUCGAAAAGCAGGCUGACACACAACCUCAAUUCCCUGAUACUACGUCGAUGUACGUCGUAGGCGUACAGAGUGUAGCACGAUCCAAACAGAAGCUUUUGCCCAUCGUCACUUGAUGCGAAAGACUUCAUACCACUUGCGUAAUGCGCAUAUCAAAAGAGACUUUCCUAGCCGUCAAUGACACACACCGACGAUUACCCUAGACAGAAAAGUGUAGUUUGCCGAGAAACACUUGCAUCAUGGAGCGAAUCAAAGGCAAGGAAAUGGCAGUCAACGUUUGUGCUAUGUAUGCAAAGCCGAUCCGAUCAGACGUGCCUACGUGAGAAAGCUUCUUAUCGGAAGUUUUGUAGUCUUUGUUCCGGUGAUCGAUUGACAUGGACUAGCAGAUCAGGUGGAAGCUUGGAAAGCUCUGAGCCACGAAUGUGAUAACCGGCGAGCUAUCGGCAUGUUUCGUACUGAUUACGAUUGAUUCCCCAGAAAAAAAAAAAAGAAAAACCUUACUUUUUGCGGAUUGAUUUUAUGAGGUGAUGUUGGUGUUUUGAAACGUCAUGUGUCUUUUCCCACCAAUACGUCGGUAAUCGGCUAUGCAAGCAAGUCGAUCACGACGAGAAGAGAGCAACGCCC